CCCCCUCCCCGGCCAUUGCCCUCAGCCACCUCCCUCGCCCCCGACCGCCCCACCGGGCCGAGUCUUUUCCUGUCAGAUGUCUAAUACCCAGCAAGACACUCCGGCCGUGCUCUCUACCGAUGCCUCAUUGAUUAUGCAAGCCGAAUUCGCGAACCCCUCCACCAAAAUGUCCCGCGAGGCAACGCUCCUUGUCGGCGAAUACUUGCGCCUGCUGGUGGUCGCUGAGGGAGCCGACACAAUUGCCCUUGCGCAUCUGGAGCAGAAUCUUCCCCAACUCCUCCUGGACUUUUAG